AUGAAUAACGUCGACAUCGCCGCGGUCUUCGAUGAGAUGGCCGACAUUCUCGAGUUCCAGGGGGCCAACGCGUUCCGCGUGCGAGCUUAUCGCAACGGGGCACGCACCGUUCGUGAUCUACCCGAACCGGUGGCGGCCAUCGUGCACGACGAAAGCCGCAACCUGGUCGAUCUCGACGGUAUUGGAAAAGAUCUGGCCGAAAAGAUCACGACUUUGGUCACUACCGAGAAGCUGCCUCAACACGAAAAGCUUCUCGGCGAAGUGCCCGCCAGUGUCAUGGCCCUGUUGCGCGUGCCCGGGCUGGGUCCCAAGAAGGCCGCCGCGUUGAACAAGGAACUCAAGAUCAAGUCGCUCGAAGAGUUGAAGCAGGCCUGCGAAGACCACCGCGUGCGCGAGCUGAAGGGCUUUGGCGCCAAGACCGAGCAGACGAUCCUCGAGGGGCUCGAUAUCGCCCAGGCCGGCAGCGAGCGGAUGUAUUGGGCCGAAGCCGAUCGCUACGUGCAAGAGAUGCUGGCCCACAUGCAAGAGUGCAAUGCAGUCGAACGCAUUGAGGCCGCAGGCAGCUACCGUCGCGGUCGCGAGACCGUGGGCGAUCUCGAUCUGCUGGUCGUCUCGACCGACACCGACGAGGUGAUGGAUCACUUCGGCCAAUACAACACAGCGUCCGAUGUGCUGAUGCGGGGCCCAACGAAGAUGUCGAUCCGCCUUCCGGUCGGUCUGCAAGUCGAUCUCCGCGUGGUUGGUGAAGAGGCCUUCGGCGCGGCAUUGCAGUACUUCACAGGCUCGAAAGAUCACAACGUCCAUCUCCGCGGCCUGGCGAAGUCGCAGGGGCUGAAGAUCAACGAGUACGGCGUCUUCCGCGGCGAAGAGUAUGUGGCCGGGCGGGAGGAAGAAGACGUCUACAAGGCCCUCGAUCUUCCCUGGUUCCCGCCUGAAAUUCGCGAGGCCCGUCGCGAGUUCGAUUGGGCCAAGCAGGGUGAACUGCCCGAGUUGAUCGAACUUGACGAUCUGCUGGGCGACUUACACAUGCACACCACAGCCACCGACGGAAAGGCCUCGCUCGAGGAGAUGAUCGCGGCCGCCCGCGAGCGUGGCUUGAAGUACAUCGCCAUCACCGAUCACUCGAAGCGUGUCACCAUGGCCCGCGGACUGGAUGAAGACCGGCUCCGCGAGCAGUGGGAAGAGAUCGACGCGGUGAACAAGAAGCUGCGGGGCUUCAAGGUGCUCAAGGGCAUCGAGUGCGACAUCCUCGAGAAGGGCGGGCUCGAUCUGCCGGACGAUGUUCUGAACGACGCUGAUUGGGUGGUGGCCAGCGUCCACUACGGUCAAAACCAACCCCGCGAUCAGAUCACCGGCCGCAUCAUCGAGGCCCUUGAGAACCCCGCGGUCUCGGCGAUUGCCCACCCCACGGGCCGAUUGAUCAACCGUCGCAAACCCUACGAAGUCGAUCUCGACCAGGUCAUUCGCAAGGCGGCCGACCUGGGGAAACUAUUGGAACUGAAUGCCAACCCGGCACGGCUCGACCUCGACGAUGUGGCCUGCGCGGCGGCCAAGAGCCACGGUGUGCCGAUCGUUAUCUCUUCCGACGCCCAUUCCACCGACGGCCUGGACGUCCUUCGCUACGGCAUUCUCCAAGCCCGCCGCGGAGGUCUCACGAAAGCCGAUGUGGCCAACACCCGAAGCAUCUUGACGCUUCGCGUCCCGGCCGGCGCGGCCGGGCCACCCAAGGCUAAGCCAUUCUGGGGAACCGGACCUGCCAACAAAAAAACGGCCCCGGAAUCGCUUGGACUCCGGGGCCGUUUACUUUUCGUUACUUCGCCAGGGCGAUUAGCCGCGAUAGAUCACGCGAUAGUCGCCGCAACGGCUGAAGCGGAUGGUGGCCGAGAAGCCACAGCACCAGUCGUAGCGAAUCAGGCCGCAACCGAUGAUCGUGCAGCGUUUGGUGACGCAGGGCACGUCGGUGCAGCAGGCCGGAAUGCAAAGAUCGAUCGAUUCCUUGCAGCCGGUGCAGGGAUUGCAAACGCAGACAUUGAAAAUGACCGGCGGCGGGCAGGGCUCGCAGCACUCAGGGCCACAAGGAGCGGCCAGGGCCCGACCCAAGCGGCCAGCUUCACUGGUUUCGGCAUUCACAAGCAGAGCGGCCGAAAACACAGCCAGCCCCAACAGUGCGGUAGUAAGACGACGCAUCGAAAGCUCCCCUCUGAGGUAUCGAGUUUACUCACUCCGACGAAGCAGACGUUUCUGCCUCAUGUAGGCGCACACCUGCUGGGGCUACAAAAUUGCCCCUGCCCCAUUCGUGACCUAAGCUUUCCAACGCGGGAGCAGUCCUUUUCCAUAACCCGCGAAUACCCGGCGAGCGGCACCCAUUCAGGCAGCACUGCUGCUCUACACGACGUGUUUCUGUCCAUUCGCGCCGAUAGCGAACGGAUUGAAGCUUUCGUCGACGAGCAGCGGCAAGAGCUCGAUCAGUUGCGAGAGCAACUUCAAGCCCGCGCCGAGCAGUUGCAGGUCGUCGAGGGAGCCAUCGCCGAACAGCGCGAUGCCCUGGCGAUCGAGCGACAACAGCAAGGCGCCGAGCACGAAGCCGUAGAAAGGCUGCGCGCCGAAACCGAAGCCCAGCGCGAUCAGCUCCAAAACGAAUUCGAACAACUAGCGGCCCAGCGGCAGGAGUUUGAAACGGCGCAGGCCGAAUUCCAGCAGCAGCGAGAACAGUUCGCCGCAGAACAAGCGGCCGCCCAGCACGAACUCCAGCAACAGCGCGAAAAUCUCGAGCGCGAUCAAGAAGCCUUCGCGCAGCAAAUGCAAGCCGCUGGCGAAGGUGAUGCUGCCCAAGGCCAGCACGCCGUCGAACUGGAUCAAAUACGUCGCCGGCUCGAAGAGGUUACCGCUCAGUUGGAAACCAUAACCAGCGAGCGCGAUCACCUGGCCUCCGAACUCGAUGUGGUGCGGACCGAAGCCGAUCGCAUGACGGUUAGCGUCCAAGAGUUAACCGAAACCCGCGCCGAGUUGGCCACCAUGCGGCAGCAACUCUCGCAGUCUUCGCAUCAAGACGAUGCCAACGACGAAGUCCUUCGUCAGCAGCUACACGAGAUGGAACGCGAGUGCGUCGACUUGGAGAACGACCUUGAACAGGUUCGCAACCGUGCGGCCGAGUUGGCCGAAGAGGCGGAAAAAGAAAAACGCAUCGCAUCGCAAGAACGUUCGGAGUGGGCCAGCGAGCUGAAAGAAAUGCGUCGCCUGCUCGAACAGCAAAAUUCCAUGGCCGCACAAAGUCAGCCGACACCGGCUCAACCGGCCGAGCAUGUCGGAGCGGCCGCGGCUGCUGCCGUUUCCGAUCCAGUGCUCGAUUCGGUGAUGGCCCAAUUCGAAAUGCUGCAGAAAGAUCGCGGUCGACGUCGCAAAACUGAGUCGGCCGACGAACACCAACACGUUUCGUACCCCUCUCCCCCAGACUGCGUGUCCUCGAUCAACCGAUCGCAACACUGCGGCAAGCAACAAGUAUGUGAAUGCAUGUUGUCGAAAUCACUGCCGGCGACUGACUAUCGAAGUCCAUCCACGCCCCAGCAAAAACGCUUGGGGGUCGAUCUCACGGUGCUCGCCGUAGCCCUGGCCAGCCUGGCUUGCCUGCUGAUUGGCUGGUUUGGCAAUGUGCCCUUCAUCGGCGGCGGAGGCGCCGCCGGCAUGUGCUACGUCGGCAUCAAGAUCAUUCGCAACGUGGCCAGACGUUCGAAGCCUUCGAAAAGAAAAGUCGUGCCCACUUCGCACGAAAGCAGGCCCGCCCCGACCAACACGCCGGCGCCUGAAGACAUCGAGGGCCUGGCCGUACAGAUGCUCGAGCAGGGGCGUUACGCCUUGCUGCUACGUCCGCAACUCAUUCGCAACCUGAGCCCCGCCCUGCGGCGGAAGGCCCAGGACAAACUUAGCGAAAACAUGGCGUUGGUGCCCGACGGCCAACUACUGGUGGGCCAAAGUGAAGACGCCGACCAGAUUGAUCGAAAAAUCCUUCCCCGUGGUCGUGUGGUUACCGUGCAGCGAUUCUUCCUCGAUCGCCACUUGGUAACCAACAAGCUGUUCCAGGAGUUCGUCGACGCCGGUGGCUACGAACAAAUGGCGCUCUGGGAUCAGCAAAUCUUGCCCGGCGUUUUAGAUUUCGUCGACGAAACCGGAGCCCCCGGACCGGCCACUUGGCGAAACGGUCGUUACCCCAAAGGACUCGAAAACCAUCCCGUGGUUGGCGUCAGUUGGUACGAAGCGGCCGCCUACUCUCGCUGGGUCGGUAAGCGACUCCCCACCGAUGUGGAAUGGGAGAAGGCCGGCAGUUGGCCGGUCGAACUGGCCGCCACCAAUCGUCCUGGGCGGCGUUUCCCCUGGGGCAAUUCGAUGGACCGCGCCCGCUGCAACAUCUGGGGCAGUGGCCCCAACACCACGGUGCCCGUCGAUGAGUUCGACAAGGGCGUCAGCGUAGGCGGAAUCCACCAACUGGUGGGCAACGUCUGGGAAUGGACCUCCGGCAUCUUCGGUACCGCAGGCUUUGCCAAUCGCGACUUCAAAGAGAACGCUCCCCUGCGAACCAUUCGCGGCGGUGCCUUUGACACCUACUUCGAAAACCACGUCACGUGCCAAUUCCAAAGUGCGGAAGACCCCGUGGCGAGAAAACAUAACAUCGGGUUCCGUUGUGCAGUAAGCGUGUGCGACCUCGAGUCGAACCCGCCGUCGGAAGCGGAACCCGAGGAGCAGUCGGUCGUUCCUGAGAACAAGACAUCAAGUGCAGAGCUGGUUGAGUACGCCGUGCAAGUGCCGUGCUACAUCUGCUCGGGCCCGAACACCUUCGAUGCCGAGUUGUGCCGCAACUGUUCGGCCCCGAUGGCGCUGACCUAUCAGGCCGAAACGCAGAAGGUCCACCCCCGUAUCCUCUCGUGCAUCGGCACCAGCGGUGUCGGCAAAACGGUUUACCUCGGCAUGUUGAUGGACAUGCUCUCGCGUCAGCCCGACGACAUGCAGUUGCUCGCCCGCGGGGCCUUCUCCAUCAAUCUGCAACAGAACACGGUGGCCGCCCUCUCGCGUUGCGAAUUCCCUGAGAAAACUCCCAGCGAACCGGAACGUUGGAAUUGGGUUCACUGCCAGGUCCGCCAGGCUCGCCGCCGGAGACCGUUCGAGCUGAUCAUGCCCGACAUGGCCGGCGAAGCCUUGAUUGAAGAAGUCGACCACCCCGACACGUUCCCCGUCAUUCGCUCGCUGCUGACCAAGAGUGCCGGUGUCAUCAUCCUUAUUGAUGCCUCGACCCUCUCCGGUGGCACCAGCGACCAAGACUACUUCACCAUGAAACUGUUGAGCUACCUGCUGGAACUGGUUGACGACCCCAAGAACGGCUGGCAUCGUCGCCCCAUCGCAUUGGUCUUCACCAAGGCCGACGAGAGCGAAGCCUGUUUCGAGAACCCCGUCGGAUUCGCCCAGGCCCACACUCCCGGCAUGUGGCGGCACUGUGAAGAGCGGUUCCAUUCGCACAAGUACUUCGCCGCGGGUGUGGCCGGUGCAUGUGCGAGUAUUCGCAACGCCGACGGCAAGCUGGUUCGCGCCCCAUUGCGAAUCGAGCCCCGCGGCAUCAUCGAGCCGUUCCGCUGGCUGGUCGACCAGAUCAAGCACGAAGUAACUACGUCUAUGGUUGCCAUCGAACAAGCCAUCUUCGCCUCUCGACGAACCGAUCACGCGGCCGGCUAUCACCUCGUUGUGGCCUCCGACGGUGUCUCGGACGACGACUCCCAUGCGCUCACCGUGUGGGGCCCCUCGCACGAUUCGCUGGUCGUGUCCCACGACGAAGAAGAAAGCAUCAACUUUCAUCCCCUGCCCAGCGGGGCCUUCUGCAUCUCACGCACCCGUAGCAUCGGUACCGAGUACAGCGGACGUGGGGAUGAGGUCUACACGCACUGCCUGGUGGUUCCGGCCGCCGUGUUGGCCAAGUUCUCUAACAACCCCUUCGCCUUGGUUCGUGCCGCCAUCGUCGAUGGCCGACUCGAAGUGCACGAAGACACACCACGCAGCCUGCCGAGCUUCGUCCUGCGGGGCAAGGCUUCGCCGGUCGAUCGUCGCCUGCUGGGAGAAGUGAUCGCCGAUCUGGGAACCGAACGGUUCGCCGCACUCGUCGACGCCACAAUAUGCCAGGCUCCCCUGGCCGUAGUAAGCCAAUGGUCACCCCGGCAUGUGAUGGAGGCCGUGCUCAACUCCUUACCGGUGGAUUGCCGACCAGAGUUAUCAUUCGCCACGGGACUAAAGCCUUCCCCACGACGUCCGUUCCGCCUGCAGCUCUUCCCCGCGGCCACGGAGAAUCUCCGUCAGCUUCUGCGACCCUUUCAGGUCCCCGUGCUCGACCUUGAAUCAACCGAAUCGACCACCACCCCCGGGGCUUGGGCCCAAACGGUCACGGCGGCCGUAGCCGAGAAACGCUUUCGCGUCUUGGCCGAAGAACUUAGUGCCCCCUGCGGCGGGUUCGAUGCAGACAAACUGAAAGCCCUGGCCCUUCGACUCGAGCAACGCCUGGCCGAAGCCGAUGAGUCACAGCGCGGAGAUCGUCGCAGCCGCUCUCGCCGGCAUGGUCCCGCAGCACGUUCUUCCUCUUCCGGCUCAGCACCUUCAACCAGUCAACCAGCACGCGAGAUCACGUCAGGGCAGCUGAAUCAUCGUGGCGAUGCCGCCCACCAAAGGUCAGCUAGCCAGCAAUCCAUCUCGGCCGUCUUGGAAGAAGACCCGCAGUGCUCGGACCUUCGUAGCGACCCCUCCCAGCAACUCAGCAAAGAGCGACCCGAGAUGCUCGAACAGCUCGAGCUGCUCGACGACACCGUCUUCGAGGCCAUCGCCGGCAAGCCCGCCGCGCUUGAACUCCUGCGCACCUUAUGGCCCGAGACGCUUUCCCUCCUCGGCAUCGAGCAUCUCGAGGAGUCGCGCGAGCAGUACCUCCGGCACGCCCGCGCGGUCUGGGAGCACUGUGCCAAAUCCGAUGGGGUCCGCAAAUCCGAGCAAUCACUUGCGGCCCUCAGCGUCAUCAGCCUUCUGCUGGAAUAG